GUGUGUGUGUGUGUAUAUAUAUAAAUAUAGAUGAUUACUUCUACUAGAUAUAUUGGUUCAUUUCGUGAUGUACUUUUGGCAAUUUCAGAUCAUCCAAUUACUCUUGCUGCCAGCGUUUAUACUCACUUUGCAGGGAAACAGAGAUACAAACAGUCUGGUCCGUUUGAUUGGAGGCAGUAACCCAGGAGAAGGACGUGUGGAAGUGUUCCACAAGGGGCACUGGACUACCAUCUGUGAUGAUGAUUGGGAUGUGGCUGAUGCUAGAGUUAUCUGUAGAAUGGUUGGAGACUACUCGAAAGCCAUUCCCUUUUACAAUGCUCGUUUCGGAAAAGGUGAAGGAAAUAUAACAAUAACUGAUGUAAAGUGUCAUGGGAAGGAAUCUACCAUUUUUGAAUGCUCAUACCGCGAGAAGAAUUAUUGCCUACACAAAGAUGAUGCUUCCGUAGGCUGUUUCAAAACACAGCAUGUCACGAAAGAGAAAGAAGUCAGCACUUUACCUGAACGUAAGGAAACAAUAGAAAUAAAAGUACGAUUGGUAGGUGGUUUGAACAACACACAUGGACUUGUUGAAAUUUUCCACCAGGAAAACUGGGGAACAAUCUGUAAUCACGAAUGGAGUUACAAGAAUGCUCAAGUAAUUUGCCGAAUGCUAGGAUACCUAAACGGUGAAAAAUACGAGUCUCGUCUGGCAACCGGAAUUGUACCAUUGUACUCAGUGAAAUGUGAAGGCCACGAGCAGACGAUCAGUCAUUGUCCCCUUGAAAGGCCAAUGGAUAAUGGGUGUCCAGACAAUAACUAUGCUGUAGGUGUUACUUGUACCAAUAACAAACAACAACUGUCACCAGUACCAACGUCUACCGAUCAUGCACAUAACGCAUGCAAGCCAAUGAUCGUCUGUUUGUCUGCUCUAAUACCGCCAUUGAUUUUACCUGUUUGUAACUUUUUGUUUGUUCGCCUGUUUGUCUUUUGAUAUUUUUGUCUUAUCUAUCAUGACUGAUUGGCAUGGAAUCAUUCUCCAAUAUACCUCAACCACCUCACGCCAUAUAUGCACCCUUUCUCUUUACAUUACCUUUUCUACCUCUCUCUACCACACCGGUCUCUGCUCCUAAGAGUUUGACUUAUGCAUACCAAAUCCAUCAAAGACCAACUAUUAAACCUAUAUUUCCACAUCUAGGUACCUGUUAUGUAACUCUCUCCUAUCCAGCCCCUGCAAUAACCAUUUCUAAUCCUUCCUUCCUUCCUUCCUUCCUCCCUAUGGCAUCAACUCCCUGAAAUCUCCAUUGCACCAGGAGUCGGGUCAAAAUUAUUACAGCUUAACGUCAACCAUAUUCAACUAACCAGUAUAGAAGUGAGCUAUAUAGCUAUUGCACUUGAUAGCUUUUAAAGUUCGAUGUGAUUAAAGUAUAAUCAAUUUCCUGGGUAUCCGCAUGCACCUAGAACGCGUUUUCUCAAGCUCGGAGCGAUGAACGGUAAAGUCAAAACCGGCAAGCUUUGAACUAAAGCAACAAUAAAAGCAACGAUAACAACAUCGUCACCAUCAUCAUCAUAAUCAUCAUCAUCAUCAUCAUCAUCAUCAUCAUCAUCAUCAUCAUCAUCAUCGGCGUCGUCGCCCUUGUCGUCUUUGGGGUU